AUGGAGGAAGUGGACGAAGUAGUUGAGGCUUUCAGUUUAUUUAUCGCUGCAGUCCAAAUUGCUCGUCGACGAGUAAGGAGGAGAAAACGACGAACUGUUUGGAUAAAGAGUUGGAUAGCCACGAGGAAAACACUUGGAGCAUUUCACUGUUUAUUAAAGGAUCUUAAGAAUGACCCUGAGCAUUUCUUGAACUAUUUGCGGUUGAACCUUGAUACGUUUGAGCAGUUAGUAGAGAAGUUACAUCCUCUUUUGAAGAAAAAGGAUACUUGCAUGAGAGAUGCUAUAUCACCAAGUGAACAACUUGCAGUAACACUUCGGUUUUUAGCAACAGGGGAGUCCUACACCAGUUUACAGUACCAGUUCCGAAUUAACAAAGGAACAUUGUCCCUUAUCAUUCCAAAAGUUUGCAAAGCCCUUUCUAUUGUUCUUCGUGACGUUGUGUCAUGCCCAAGAACAGCUAAUGAAUGGUUGGAAAUAAGCAGACUUUUUCAUUGGAGAUUGCAGUUACCAAAUUGUUUGGGGGCAAUAGAUGGAAAACAUGUUAGAAUCCUACAUCCUCCAAAUAGUGGCUCAGACUACUUUAACUAUAAGGGCUACUAUAGCCUUGUGCUAAUGGCAGUGGUGGGUCCAAAUUCCGAGUUCAUUUUUGCGGAUGUUGGAUGCCAAGGCCGUAUUAGUGAUAGAGGCGUUUUGCGAAACACUAUCUUCUAUAAAGCACUGCAGUCUAAUAAGCUCAACAUUCCAGAAUCGAAGCCCCUUCCAGCAACUGAGUCAAUGAUUGUAGAUGGCUGGUGCCCAGUUUUACCACACUUUUUUGUUGAAAAAUGUUCUUAA